AACUUCAAUACUCCACCAAAAAAAUCUAAAAACAUAUCCCGCGUCGCAAACAAGUAGAAAAGUGCUUUUUCACUCACCGUGAAGCGAUUCCUCCGUAAUCUUCUCUCAACUUCGGUGUUUUCGCCAUUCUCUUCGCGCAUUUUCCACGGAUCUAGUUUCUCACCAUGAAUCGCCACCACGAUCCCAAUCCUUUCGAAGAAGAAGAAGUCAAUCCGUUCUCGAAUGGUGCUGGAUCAAAAUCACGUGUUCCACCGUCAUCUGAACCACUAGGUUUUGGUCAAAGACAUGAUGCUACAGUUGAUAUUCCUUUGGAAACUUCAAAUGGGGACUCCAAGAAAAGAAGUCAAGAGCUAGCAGCUUGGGAAGCUGAUUUAAAAAGGAAAGAGAAGGAAAUAAAAAGAAGAGAAGAUUCUGUUGCUAAAGCUGGUGUGCCCGUUGAUGAUAAGAAUUGGCCUCCAUUUUUCCCAAUGAUUCACCAUGAUAUUGCCAAUGAGAUUCCAGUCCAUGCUCAGAGGCUGCAAUAUUCAGCCUUUGCAAGUUGGUUGGGAAUCGUUCUCUGCUUAGUUUUUAAUGUAGUUGCUGUGACUGUCUGUUGGAUCAGAGGCGGGGGUGUUAAAAUAUUUUUCCUUGCAGUGAUUUAUGCGCUGCUUGGGGUUCCCCUUUCAUACGUGCUUUGGUACAGGCCCCUCUACCGUGCUAUGAGGACGGAUAGUGCAAUGAAGUUCAGUUGGUUUUUCAUGGUCUACUUGCUUCAUAUAGCAUUUUGCAUCUUUGCUGCAAUUGCACCCCCAGUUGUUUUUCAUGGACAGUCGUUAACGGGCAUCCUUGCGGCAAUUGAUGUGUUUUCAGACCAUGUAUUGGUUGGGAUAUUCUACUUGAUUGGAUUUGGACUGUUUUGCUUGGAGGCUCUUCUAAGCUUGUGGGUAAUUCAGAAAAUAUACAUGUUUUUCCGGGGGCACAAGUGAGUCUUUUCAUGGAUUUUGUUCUAGCGGCUUUUAUAGUGUUAGUCACUUUCGAGGGUGACUUAGUAUAUUCUCUAUCCUCUUUUCAUUCUUUUCAAUAUCUCUGAUAUUGUUCUGCUGUUUGUUUCUCUGAUGUGAUUGUACCAAAGUUUUGUGUGUACUUGAGUGAGAAUUAUUGAAAUUAAUUUAGAAUUUCUCUUCCUUGAAACAAUAUGUAGUAGAGAUUCCAUUGUGGAUUGUGAAACAAGAAUGAUACCAACACAUCUUGUGAUUGUUUAUAUUCGAAAA